GCCGCUUUGUAAACAUUUAUCGUCGUUCACCCACCGCGUCGUCCUUGUUGUCGCCUCCUCCGUGUCUGUGCUACGAGUUUUCGUCAUCGGCGUCAUCGGUCUCCUCUCGGUCCAGCACUCCUGCAGCACUUGUUUUUGGCCAAAACCCAUACCCGUGCCCAUACACCCGUAGCAUCUGCCAUCCCGACGAUUCGGGUGUUGAUACAUUUUUGGCCCGUAACUUUGACGAGCGUCAAAGAGAAUUAAAGCCCCUCCGACAGUACGCGCCCCUGCCCCUCCCCCAGUGCUUGUGAUUCCAGUGAAAGUUCUGUGCUUCUAAAAAAAAAAAUUCGACAACAUCUUGCUGAUGGAAGAAAUCAAAACGUCUGCAAAAAAUAUUAUCAAAAGUAAUAAAUGAAUAACAAAAUACAAAACAAACGCCAUCAAUAAUUCAUGGGAAAAAAACAACACAAACAGAAAUAACCAAAAAUAAAAGCUUGCGGCGCGUCGUUCUUUAAAUAUUUUAUAAAUUAAUUCUGCAAACAGCAUAAACGAAAUUACAAGCCGAAAAACAAAAAAAAAAAAGAAUACAACAAAAACAUCAGGAAUUAAUGUAGUGCCUAAUGCAAUGUGUAAUAAAACCGAGUAGACCAGGAGGUGCAGCAGAUCAUUAAAUACCCGCAACACACAGUUACAAAGAAAAAUACGAAAUAUGAAAUACAAAUUUAUAUUUAUUAUUGAAUAAAUAAGCAGAGUAAAUACCGCAUAUGCUACCCGUGAAAGCAAAUUGAAUUAUACAGCAAAUUAAACAACAAAUACGAAUACUUGUCGUCGUAAUAUUGGAUGUUUGGCUUUUAAAGUGUGUACAACUUAAUUGGACUUAGCAACGUCUAAAUUCAGAAAAAACGAAGUGUGAUAUUGCAGGCGAUAAAUAUCAGGAACUUAUAAUAUUAUUUUGGAAUCGGAAUUCUAAGAAACAGUACCACAAAAAUUACCAUAAUGUUGGCCUUUCACAACGAACAUAUUGCCAGUUGCGCUUUUCUCACUUACUUCAGUCCGGAGACCUCGGCCACGCCCGCCACGUCGCCCACCUCGGGGGCACAGGCCUCGCUCCCCAAUGACAAGCAGUCCAUAGCAGGGAUGAACCGUGCUUUACAGCUGAAGCCAGCUGAAAAUGAAAGUCGCAGCGAGCAUUUAGAUCGCAAGCUGUUCGUUGGCAUGCUCAGCAAACAACAGACCGAAGACGAUGUUAGACAAAUCUUCCAUCCGUUCGGCACCAUAGAGGAGUGCACCAUUCUUCGCGGCCCGGACGGUGCUAGCAAAGGCUGCGCUUUCGUCAAAUUUGGUUCGCAGCAGGAGGCCCAGUCAGCAAUAACCAACCUACACGGAAGUCAAACUAUGCCGGGAGCAUCCUCCAGCCUGGUCGUCAAAUACGCCGACACGGAGAAGGAGCGACAAAUAAGGCGCAUGCAGCAAAUGGCCGGUCACAUGAACCUCCUCAAUCCGUUCGUCUUUAAUCAGUUCAGUCCGUACGGCGCCUACGCUCAGCUCCCCUCUCCCCCGGAACUGCAGCAGCAGCAGCAGGCCGCCCUGAUGGCCGCCGCCGCCACGGCGCCCGGCUCCGCCGCCUACAUGAACCCCAUGGCGGCCCUGGCAACGCAGAUACCUCACGGCCUCAACGGCACCGGCCAGCCUCCCUCGCUGCCCUCGCCGACCAUGCCCAACUUCAACAUGGGCGCCAACACGCCCAACGGCCAACCCGGCGGAGCGGCUGCCGCUGCCGCUGCGGCGGCCGCUGCGGACGGCGUCUUCACGAACGGCAUUCCACAAACGGCAUUCCCAGGACAUCCACUGCACUUGACUAUACCGCCACAAGGUUUGCCAAACGGCGAUGCUGCUACCCUGCAACAUGCCUUCCCUGGUCUGCCACCGUUUCCAGGAGUUGCCUUCCCCGCCGUCUAUGGACAGUUUCCACAAGCUUUACCACCUCCCCUAGCGGCGGUUGCACCCACUCAGCGUGAAGAUUUUCUGAUGUUCCCAGGAUGUUCGAUAUCCGGACCCGAGGGCUGCAAUCUCUUCAUCUACCACUUGCCGCAAGAGUUUGGCGAUGCCGAGUUAAUGCAAAUGUUCCUGCCCUUCGGCAAUGUGAUCAGCUCCAAGGUCUUCAUCGAUCGUGCUACAAACCAGAGCAAAUGUUUCGGUUUUGUUUCAUUCGAUAAUCCCGCCAGCGCUCAAGCGGCCAUUCAGGCCAUGAAUGGCUUCCAGAUUGGCAUGAAAAGACUGAAAGUUCAAUUGAAGCGGCCAAAGGAUGCCAGUCGACCCUAUUAACAAUCGGAGUUCCUUAAACGCAAUUCACAACAAGAACAACAACAACAACAACAACAACUACAGCUACAACCAACUGGAGCAACAACAUCAGCCACAGCAGCUUUGCCAACAACUACAGCAUUUUCCGCAGCCACGCCCACACCGGGCGGACUAAGCUCCGCCUCCGCGACAGCCACAACAACAGCCCACUAUAAUAGCCUUAGCAGCUGCUUUAGGCCAACUUUGCCCACUGAGAGCUCCACCCACCACGCCCACAUGCCCUACACCUUCGCCAGCUGGCGCAGCGGCACCUACUGCUACCGCAACAACAACAACAACAACAACAACAACAGCGACAACUGCAGCGAUAAGAACAGCAACAACAACAACAAUAUCAGCAACAACAACAGGAACGAUCCAGAGUCCCAGUCGAAAAACGAUCCACAACAACCCAACACCAAUUGCUCCAAGGUGGAACUGGUCGAGAGACUGUUCAUGUGGCAGCAACAGAAGCGAAAGGCCUAGGUGCAACAUCAGCCACAACAGCAACCAGAACAACUGCAGCUACAAUAAGGAGCAACUAUUGAUGGGAUGGUCGUCAGCCAUGCUAUGUGAAAACGAUUAUAGAAACUAAAUACACGCAAGGAGUGUGUAACAAAAAAAAAAAUAAAAAAUAGUAAACAAGAAAAAUGUAAAUGAAAAAAAGAAAACACCUUAGAGCUGAAAAAAUGAAUAGAUUUAUAUAUAUAAUAUAUUUAUAUAUAUUUAUCCGAUUAUACAUUCAACUGAAUGCAGUACAGCAGUACAUACAAAAUAAUGAGAGAAAACCAACCACAAAAUUAUAAAAUUGAGAAAAAACCGAAAGAAUGACAGAAUUUUUGCCAAAAUAUCGAUUUAAUAAAAGUAUAUAUUUAUAGAAGCAAGGAACAAAAACAUUGAUAUUGAUAGUUUUGUUAACAACUAAAGAACAAGAACAUUGCACACCACUACACUCCCCACACAGAACACAAAACUUGAGACAAAAACUGACUGGCAAGAGACCAAAAUUAUCUGGGUUUUCAAAUAAAAAACAAACAAAAAAAAAAAAACAAGAAUAAAAACAAUUAAGGACGAUAAGAGCAGCAACCAUUUUAUAUGAGUAAUUGGUGAUGGGAAUUUAUAAAAAUUAACCAAUCUGCGCAAGGAAAAUUAGUUGAAGAACAGAGCAAAAACAAAAGAACAACUAUUAAAACUGAAUUUGUUAAUCUAAUGAUGAACUCGAUCGGAGUUUAAAGUUAAUCGAGUAAUUAGAAGGCGUCAGCUAAAGGAAAGGGUUAUAAAGUGUAGAAGGGACGUAGAGGAAGCUAGGUGAGAUGGAAGACAAAGUAGGUCUGCAACUUUUUAGCAUUUAGUGGUAAGCAAAAUGGCAAAGAUUCAACAGAUGCAUAAACAGAUUAUAUGUACACAUGAAAAAUUAACACAAAAAUUCGAAUUUAAUUAAUUUUAAGUAAAACAAAACGGAUAUAGGAAGUUAGAACUAGGCGGGACAGAGCAAGCCACUUAAUAUAUGCGACAUGCUUUGAGGGCCAUGUCCGACCCCAAAGGGUUCGACCAGCCUGACCACGAGCAAAAAUAUCAUUUUUUAUAAUACAUAAAUGAGUACUAAUUUUAGAAAUAUUAUAAUAUGGAUUUGUUAGAACUAUUGAAGAGAAUCACGGUGAGGGAAGCUAAACAAAAAACAUUGAAAAGAUUAACGAAAUACAAUAUCUAAAGCGAUCAUUUACGUUGGCCUAUAUUCUCUGAGGGAGAAAGUUCUUGUAAUUGUUUUAACUUCUCAACUUGUUUGAUUCGAUGCCGUUUGGUUUAAAAUUGUAUUCAACAAAAUCGUAAACGAUUUUAUAGAAUAAUAAACAAAAUUUUGAAUAAAAUCAAACAACAACUUUACACUUAAUCUUAGCUGCUUUCAACAAAAACAAUUACAGGUACUUACAGAUAUACAUGCAUAUAUAUAUAUAUAUACAUAGAAAUAUAUAAUAAAAUCAAGAAAAAGCAAAAAGUAAAUAAAAACACAAAGAGAAGAGAGGGAAGGAAAAUAUAAAUAGGGCUACUGAGAAACGGAAAACAUAAAAAACAUUUUGCUAUGGAAGUAUUACUAUAAAAAUAUAUACAAAAUAGAUAUACAGAACAGCAGAAAACUGAAAGUUUUGGCCACUUAUUUUCACAACCAGCUCCGAGAAAGAUACAGAUACAGCAAAAGAAUCAGAUUCCGAUCAAGUUGACCAUAGCGCGCCCUAGCCAGACUAAGCAAACUAUUUAACACUAAGCAUAUAUUAAUUAUUAUUGAUUGUUAUUAUAAACAAACAAAUUACCAUUAGAAUUUUUAUCACAGUCAAAAAGGAAGCAAGUAUUUUUUAGCAAAACUAGAGAAUUUAUCACGGCCUAUUAAAUUUAUUCUCAACCAUUUCGUUUCGUUUGACACACCGACAAAGGACGACACAACACCCCCGCACACCUACACUGAAAUCCAACUAAAAUUAUUGUCAAUAAAGAAGCGUAAAAAUGAGAUCUUUAUCCGACACUUACUCAACUGUCUGUUGAAUCGAAUCAUUAACAAUUUAGCAGCAAAAUCUGUACAAAAGCAAGAGGGGAAGGAGGACCGAAGAGUCAAAUCUACAGCUAAAUAUGCCAAAAAAUAAGAUUAUGGAUAGUGAAAAGAUAAAGAAGGGAGGGUGGAGAAAAUUAACAAUUAUUUAGAGUUUGUAUAGUGAAAAUGAUAAGUUUAGAGUCGCCUAGUCUGUGGGUCCUGCAGGGGAAUCCCCGACUGCGGGACGUAUUUGAUACUAAAGAUAUAAAAUUUAAAUAUUAACAAAUACAAAUAUAAAAAAUAUAAGAAAUAUUUAAAUAUGAAAAUAAAAUUGUUAUCAGAGUUAAAGUUAAUUUUGUUACCAGUGCAAUAAAUACUUUGGUGCAGAUACUUAUGGGUUCCCUCUCAACCAAUAUCAGUUUCGAUUUCAGUUACAGUUUACAUUUUACACUUAUGUUGUGAGUAUUGCCAGUCGGAUCACUGGGACAGUAUUAGAAAUCGGAGGAUAAAUAUUAUAUUCAAGGUCGAAUCGAAUUAAUCUGUUUAGUUUUUCCACGUUUAUUUUGUCACAAAAUGUUAGGCCUCGACAGGAGAAAUAUUGUAAAUAUAGAAAAUGAAAACUAAGGCGGAUGAAAGUCCCACACUGAGAAGAAACGAAUGGAAAUGGCAGUUAUUUAACGACACAUGCAUACAAGUAUAAUUAUAUACAUACCUACAAACAUACAAGUACAUAACGUAUAUAUGAAAAUUAUCAAACUGAUUUUAGCGCCUAUUCAAAAGUAGUUCAGCCAGAGACACCCAAGAAUUUUGACAGCUUUGAAUUAAAAUGCUAAACUAGAAUUUUACUUCGGAAAACUCAUCCAGAUACACGAACACACUACAUGUAUUUACGAUCUUGUAUGAAUCGAUCUAGUCAAAUUCAAGUUAAUUAUUGCAUAAAGAAAAUUAAACCUUAAUGAAGAAUAAGAAAUAUAAAAAUCAAGUCAAACUAUUGAGAUAAUAAUAAUUUACUAUUAUUAUGUACUAUGAUUAUGAUUAACGAAUUAUAAUUUAUUUAUGUAUUGAAAAUACGAACACAAGUAUUUAAAUUAAAAUAUAACAAAUUAUUAUUACAAUUAUUAUUAUUAUUAUUAUAUGCUAUUAUACAAACAUUUUUAGAUCAUAUACACUAUACUAUAAAACAUACGGAAUCAAGCAAAAUAAUUCAUUUUGUGCUAAACUGAUUUUGGCAAAAUUAUGCAAAUUAUAUACCAAGAGGAAGGAUACUAAACCCUAAAUUAUCGUAACUAUUAUUUCUAAAGCAUAACACACAAUAAAACUAAACUAAACCAAGAGAAGCAGAACAAAUAAAAGAGAAAACAAAUUGAAAACCAAAAAUACAAUGCAACCAACUUGUUUUAUUUUCUUCUCAUUAUUUUCCGCGUCUGUGACAUCCGGCUUUUGAUUCAUUUCAAUUGGCAGAUACCAGGACAGACUAGGUCACACACCCCCGAAACACACACAAUCCCCACUCCCACUCGCAACAGAGGACUGAGAAUUUGGCAUAAUCCCCAACCCCGAUUUGAAUAUCGUUUCCAACCAUGUUCUCCCUUGAGUAUCGUUUGAUAAAAACUAAAAACAAAAACCAAAACACGAAAAGGGCUGUGACACGAACGUUUAACAAAAAGUGUGAACAAAAUCAAAUUUAUUUAUUGUUUGCGCUUGGUUUGAUUUUAAUGUUAAUUUUAAAGAGCGGUGAUAACAAGAAACCACUAAAGCCAAAUCAAAAUUAAAUUGAUAAACGAAUAAAAUACAAUAUAAACGAACAAUUAAGUCGCUUAAUUCAAAUUCGAAAUGAAAUGUGAUGAAAGCAAAAAAAAAGCAUAAAUAACUAACAAAAAACAUGUCGAAUUCAUAUUAAACAUUAACGAAUAGAAAAAGACAAUUGUACCUUGAGCAUGAAGUGUAAAAAUUGGAACUCGUAAAAAUUAAAGUAUUCCUAGAAAUAAACCAUAGAUAACAACCACAUUAACUGAAAAUGGACAGGUUUCGCCCAUCUGCUUGAGGGGAUAUGAAAAUUGGCACGUUUCUUUGCAAGUUUUGCCAAAAUCCAGUUUAGUGCCAGAGAAAUCCUUUAAAGCUACAAUCUGCAUUUAGCGUCGUCAUACUCCGCGUUCUCACUGUCUCUCAAUUAAACGCACACACACAACGAACUCUCCACCCUAUAUAUGUACACACCCAUCAUAUCAAGUACGCGACAGCCUUCUCGGCGAUUCUCAAGUUGUUUAGCUAACGGCGAAGAGAUAUGAAAUCGAAGGGACCCCAUUGGCAUUGCAUUUCCUCCUGAUUUGUUCGGUUUGUUUGAAAUUUCCAUUUUCUGUUCGUAGCCAGCUAAGACUAGCGCUAAUCUAAGAAUAAGCAUUGUACAUUACUAAUGAAAAUGAAGUCUCUUAUCGAUGAUCGUUCCUUAAACUUAAUCUAUAUGCGAAUAGAUUUUGUCCUACGCAUAGUGUAUUUUUAUUAUACACCAUGCGGAAUGUGGCAUUCUUAUAGAAUGUUUAUUACUCUAUACAAAGCAUUACUAAUAAAAACUAACUUCUUUAUUUAUUAUAUAUACUAUACACAAAUAUAUUAUAUACUAGUUAAUGACAAGGUUAGACAAAGUAGUGAAUGAAGCUUACAACACUGACACGGAAACAAAUGAACAUGAACAAAAAAGAAGAACAACCAAAAAACACUGGAGUCCAAGUUUAGAACUUACUAAUCAAAAAUAUAUUUAGAUACACUUUUCUGCAGGUAUUUAAAAGAAAGUAAAAGUAAAGGUAAAACUAAACUAAAGCUAACGAUAACGAUAAAUAACGAUAGAGACAAGCACUUAACCCCACCAUAACCAAGGACUUACCAAAAUUGCAUACACUAGUUUUCUAACUACACCUACAAGGACACCCAAUCAACACUCCAACUAACACACAGACACAGUUACAAGGGCCCAAAAAGGCGACAGGACGAAGGAUGUAGUGUAAGAUUGAUCGACGAAGAGGGAAGGAUAGGGGUGCAUAUCUUUUUGCCAAGCCUAAAACAUUUUGCCUUUAAUAUUUAUAACGCAUUUUUGCUUUGGUUUUAAUAGGAACACAAGAAUGACAUAUUGGAUACAGGGUAAUACAUGCAGUUAAAUCUAAAUACAUAGUAAACUAAACCUAUCAAGUAACUAUGAUAAUUUCGUAUUGAUACCGAAACAUUUUCAUUCAUUUGUAUAAUAAUUUCCCCCAAAGCUUUCGCACUUUUUUCGAUACGAUACUUUUAAGCUCGUGACACACUUUUGAAGCUUUGCAUACCAAAUAGAUUUCGCUUGGAUAGGCAUAGGGUUAGAUCCUAGAGUAUCAUCAACCGUGGGCAUAGAUGGGACAAGGAAAGGCAGUAGUAGCCAUAGGAAUAUAACAAAACCAGCAACAAUAAUUGGCGGCGCUUGUAAGAAAGCUCAGAAAGUGCAUUUAAAAUACAACAAAAAUAUGAAAACAAAUGGGAGAAAAGAAAGGAGAAAUUUAAACAUUUUUAAAAGCAGAAACUAGUCGUACUUAUAUAGACGAUAUAUUAUAAUACUAUUAUUAUGACAAUUAUUACUAUUACUAUGAACAAAGAAAGAUUUAUUAGCGAGCUAAGGUCAACCAAGCAUUAUAUAAACCAAUUUUGCAAUUAUACAAACCGAAUCGGACGGAAUGAUAUGGGAGGAAUAUAGUACGUGUACGGCUGGAGAUAUUGGCGUUGAAAAGGCCCAAAGUUAUUUUUUGUAGAUAAAACUGUUAUCUUUUAGUACUUAGCCAAAUGUUAGAUCGAGGUACGAGAUACAGAGAUAUAACUCAUGUAGUUGGCAGCAGGCUAAUCGAAUAAAACCAAAUGGUCAAAGCGAAUUUAUAUUGUAUAUAGUAUAAAAUCCCUCAAACAGACACCCGAACCAGGGGGUUGAAUUAUUGCAUAUUAUUAAAAAACAUAAAAAGUGAAAGCUAGCCUAGAUUUUAGCAUCAACACAUCAGAAAAACAAACACUUAUGUACACUUGGUAUUUUUUGAGUGUAGCUUGAGAUGCAACUCAGAAACUAUUUCUCGGAUGCAGUACCACAGCUACAGCUUCUUUAUACACUCUAUAUGCUUUUCGUUUAGAAAUCCGUCCGUAUUUAGCAUUAUGCAAGCACACAGACACUCACACACACGUAAGCAAACGGCAGGUGGUUUGAUUUUGGUAACUUAGCCUCACUUUCGAUUGAUUUGCUAUUGCCCAAGAGUUAUGUAAUUACAUUCGUCAGUUCCGAACCCCAGAACAAGCCCACACAAAUACAAGUACUUAGCCAUGAUUACAUCAAUCCAUUAUUUGAGAUUUUUGAAGAGCACCUUUAACGAAAACAAUAAGAAAUUAGCAGCAAAAUGUGAAUGAGAAACACAAACGAAAACUAAAAUAAAAACCUAACAUUAAAAUUCAACAAAAGACAUUUAAAAUUAAGAGAACUUGCACCUAAUAUUAGUAGCAUAAAUGUAAAGACAGAAAAUGCAAAUAAAGAAUUCGUAUCAAUUUAAUUUGAAGCAAAGCAGAUUCCAAGCAAGCAUGCUUUUACACCCCUACACACGAUUCGUGAUCAGUUCCUUUAAAAUCUGUCAAGAGGAAUUUCGAAUUCGAAAGCGAGAACAAAACCAGAAGCAAAACCAAACGAGGCGAAAUCAAGAAUAACAACACAUGAAUUAAAUGUUAAAUGUAAAAUGGUUUCAGAAUCAAAAAGAAUAAAAUAUACAUAGAGCAUUAACAGGAUCCCUGUCACUGUGAGCCCGGAACAGUUCAGGAGUUUUUCUCUAGCCUUUCGUCUUUCAUUGACUUUGAUUUGAAUUCCGACAUCGAAUCCACUUUGUACACAAGUCGAGCAUCUCUCACUUUAUGCAUUUUUUCCACUAUGUACAUCACAAACGGAAACGGAUAUGAAGGCACACAGCUACUACAUGCAUACUCACGUAUAUUAAAUAUGACAAAAUUUAUAUUUACACACAUAAAUGCCGAACUAACGAGAUGGAUGGUAAUAGUCAAAAGUAGUUGAGCGAGACAGGAGGACAGACGUGAAGAACAAUUAAGUAAAUCAUUUAUAAUAGCAACAAGAAGGUCUUUAUAUAACUAUUUAUAGAAAUAUACGCUAUAUACUAUACAUAUAUGUACAUUAAAUACAAUCUAUGAAUAAUGAAACCAAAAUGGCGAAGUGUGUAAAAUUGUGCAUUCGUUCAUUAAAACAAAAGGAUGAAAGUAAACACCGAAAAAACAAUACAGAUAUAUAUCUAUAUAUAUACUCAAUCGGCCUUUUCCGCGAUGCCUUGCCACGCGGAAAGCGGCUGGGAGCCCACAACACAAGUAAAUGCUAUCGAACAAGAAAACUAUUAAUUAAUUAUGAACAAAACUAUAAAUAUUUUAAUACUUAAAGCAUUAUCAACAGAAGUAUAUUUUAAACAUUAUUUAUGCGACUUACUGCAGGAUACCAAUACCACAUAGAUAAACCCAGCAUAAUAAUAGACGAGUACAUACUACAGUAACAAUAACUACCGAUCGAUCGAGGACGACACCAUCCCCACACACACAGGCUAGUUUCUGAUCAGUUUCUUUCCCUAAGAUCUGCUAAGUUCCGGAACACCCCGAACCAAAAACCCACUAUGAAAACCAAAAACCGAUGCAGUAGGAGCAAAGCAGAUUAGUUAGGUGAAGACCGCGGCGAGGGGCUAACAAUAAGGAGAGAUCGAGAUGGUAUAAGUCGUAAUAACAGAAAUAUCAAACACCCUAGUAUUAAUUAUUGCCAGUUUCAAAA